AUGACUGAACAGCAGGUAAAUAAUAGGGUUGAUGUAUUAUAGUUACUUCGAUACUGCACAUUAAAAGUUAUCAAGGAAGGAGAAGUUAUUAGAACCUAAGAAUCAAGUAUUCAAGAUUUUAUCGUUGUUUUAAAAGGUAAACUUGAGUUAUUAUAUGUAAAAAGGCUAGAUGCAAUGGGUGAAAUUACAAAGAAUUAUGAAGACUUUGAGUAAGAAGUAGUUAUUUUGAAUUAGCACGAAUAUUUAAUACCACAGAAAAGCAAAGAAUAUGAAAAUGAUAAACAUAGAUUAAUACAAAUUAAAAAUACUUAAAAUCCUGCUGAAGUUGGUAUAGAUGGAAACGAAGCUGAGAUACUAAUUUUACCCUACUAUAAAUAUCAACUGGUUAUGAAGGAGAGAUUGACUAAAUAGCAUUAAAUCAUUGAUAUGCUUUGUGAGGUAUUAAAAGGUCUAGAAAAUUUUACUAUUUAAUAAAAAAGGAAAGCUUAGGAAUUAUUUGAAUUGGAAUUCUUUGAUUAAAAGGACAUAAUUGUUAAAGAGGGCUAAGAAAUCACUCAUUGCUACAUAACCUACAAAGGUUUGAUAGAAAUAACUUCCCAAAAAAAUCUCUACGCAACUUUUUCUUAAGAAGAAGAUAAGGAUUAUCUGACAAUGUGCUAAUUUUAUAAGAACAAAGCAAGUGGAAUAGGGAAUGCAUCUAGCUCUUUAAUGAUAUAAAACCUUGGUCAGUUUACAUAAGGCUUCUGGAUUGGAGAAGAAUUCCACCAAAUUCAACAUUAGAACAUGAAAUCCUUCUAUUAAGCAUAGUCAUUGACCGAUUCAAUAAUGUUUGUUAUUAAAAUUGAGCACCUAGAUAGACUGCCUAUUGAAAUACUAGAGUUAAUAAGAAAAUCAACUUCUAAGAAACUAGAAUAAUUUUAGAAGAGAUAUUAAAAUUUACAUAAAUAGACACAAGUAUUUAUUUCCUAGUAAAAUAAAGAGGUUGAAGGAUUUUAGUCUUAAUUCAAUAAAACAUUUGAUCACAUAUCGAAGAUUUAUCCAGUAGCUACAGGCAAUCUCAAAAUAAAGUUAAGGAACGAAAUACUCUUAAAUUCGUAAAUGAGGCCUGGAGUUUUGCUGAUGAAAAAGAAUGAUAGAUUAGAGAAGAGUGCAAAAACUGAAAAGAAUAAUAAGACUAUUCCAAGUUCAUAUCAACUCUUCGCUAAGAGGAACUAAUACAAAGGGGACCUUAAGAAGUAUAAUGCAGAACUAUUGGAGAAGGUAUUUAACAGGCAUAAAUAACCUGCAGGUGAUCAUAAUUUUGAUGAAAUCAGAGAAAUAAAGAAUUAAGUUAAGAAUUAAAGAGUGAUGACUUCUCACCAGCCUUCAAGGGUAAAUAGUUCAGGAGUCAAUUCUACAAUGACUUGGUCUCAGUCUCCUCUUUAUGGCAAAAAUUAGUUCAGGUAGUUUUUUGCACAUCAAAGAACUGCCUCAGAAACAUUUUCUGCCAAGAAUACACCAAUUAGGUUGAAGAAUAAAAAGGCCUCUUUGGAUUACUAAUUCAUAACUCAAGAGGAACCGUUGACAUUUGAUGAUGUAAAUUUGUAGUAUCAAUCCAAUAAGUAAUGCUUACCCCAUCAGACAAUUACUGAUUUUAAUGAAGUAAAUGCGAAUAAUACAAUAAAUAACGACAUUUCUUAGUACAAAGAUAGAGGAAGGUAAAACAUGAAUACUGUUUAAGAUCUUUAAUCACAUACUUAGACCCAAAUACUGAGUUAGAUAAACAGCCACAAUAGAACUCAAGUAAUUAUGGGGCCAACUAGAGCAAUUCACACUAGCUAUGCUAUGUCUAAGCCAUUGACAGGUGAAAGAAAUUUGAGAGAUAUGCUUAACAGAACAGCUAUAAAUAAUACACCCUUUACUAAUAUAAACAUGAUUAAUAAUUUCACUCCGAAUAGAUCAUCGUCAAACAGAAGAAAGCCUGACUUUAUGGUGGGCAAUAAGUUGUAUCCUGACAACCUAUAUCAAAGAGAUAUAGUAUCAAUAGGAACGGCAUCGACACUUAAAUCUUACUCUACAAAAUAGAAAAAGAUGGGAUUCAAUAUCAAAAUAAAAACAAUAAAAUAAAGGUUUUCAAGUUUGGUUGUUGAAUGA